AUGGCUUCUUUUGCCGUCAUACCUGGAAAAGCACUUGGAAAGCUGGCAUUAGGGUUGCCGUUACCUGCCGCUAUUGCAUAUCUCAAACGAGAACGACAUCACUUUAGAAAAUACGAGCUCAAGUUUGGUGAUCAAGAUCCAUUUGAGCAUUCAAUUGUACUCAAUCUCGUCCAUAAUGGUAUAGCACUCCGCUUCGAACCAAUUUCGCAACGAUUGAUUUCAAUCGAAAUAUUUGAUUUUGAACUGAUGGUGUUGACAUAUGAAGGAACUCCAUUCAGCUCAUCCUCGAUUAUUGCUACGUUUUUACUGAUAUACAAUACUUUUGGUCCCACAUAUCCUGGUGACUUUGAUCAAGAGAAACUCCAAUAUACCUUGAAGUAUCCUGGUAUCGCAUUUGUAUUUACCAUUCCAAAAGCCUUUUUGUCGGUACUUAAUAUAUCAGAUCUGCCUAUUGCGUUUCCGGAUGGAACUACUCCUGUUGUCUCUAGAAUGUAUAUUUAUCACGGACCUUCUCUGGCAGAGGCAGAAACAUCUAAGCUUGGUGCGUUUGACAUGUACUUUGAACGAGUGGUUGUAAAGCCAUGUGUAGGUUUAAAAUUUAGUUUGCGCGAUGGAUCUAUUGAACUCGGUGAAACAUGUCAAGAUGUACUGGCAGAGAUUGGCAAACCAGAGGAUAUUGUCAGAAAGCAGCAUGAUAAAAUGGGUAUUCAUCGCGACUCGUCAGAAAAACUUUCGACCAAUCCAAACUAUAUAUGGAACUAUUUUUCCAUGGGUAUAGACAUUGUAUUUGAUGGUACAUUUCAUCGUGUCAUCAAGAUGAUUCUACAUACCAACAUGCUUGGACAUCACGAUGUAAACAAGUAUGCUGCAUGCAACUUUGAUAUUGUAGCAGAGAAUGACGUGUGCAAACGGCAUAUUAGAAACACUACCAAGUGGGACGACGUACAGCAGAUUUUUGAUAGUUUGCCGCUCGGACCGCCUGUGAUUUCAAAUCGCAACCCUAAUCAUAAUCCAUUUGGAUCUACAUCCUACUAUGCACUUCAUGAUAUAAUUUUUGAGGUGCGUACAGCAUGA